AUGGGUGUCGAUCAACGUUUUGCGCCGAUAUCAAAGUGCAGCACGAACAGCCGAUCAACCCAGACAGUGGCGGCCGACCUAGACGGCACACUCUUGCUCUCGACAAGCGCUUUCCCCUAUUACUUGCUCGUCGCCUUAGAAGCCGGUAGCCUCAUUCGUGCAGUUCUUCUAUUAACGUUCGUCCCGAUAAUCUACUUUCUUUACCUAUUCGUCUCGAAAGCUCUCGGGAUACAAACCCUAAUCUUCAUCGCCUUCUCGGGCCUCAAAAUCCGUGAAAUCAAGCUCGCGGCCCGGUCUGUUCUGCCACGGUUUUACGCGGAGGACGUGAAUCCCGACACAUGGCGCGUUUUCAACUCGUUCGGUAGGAAGUGCGUGGUGACCGCGAGCCCUAGGAUCAUGGUGGAGCAUUUUUGUGAGAAGUAUUUGGGCGCGGAUAGGGUGCUCGGGACUGAGCUGGAGGAGACGGGCUCGGGCCGGGCCACGGGCUUCGUGAGGAAACCGGGCGUGCUCGUCGGGCCCAACAAGAGGAUGGAGGUCGUGAGGGAAUUCGGGCCAAGUUUGCCCGAUUUGGGCCUAGGGGAUCGGGAGACGGAUCAUGAGUUCAUGUCCAUAUGCAAGGAGGCAUAUAUGGUGCCUCGUACAAAAACGGCACCACUACCGAGGAACGAGCUCUUGUCCCCUAUAAUAUUCCACGAGGGCCGCUUAGUACAAAGACCCACACCUUUAAUUGCUCUCAUGACCUUCCUAUGGAUGCCACUUGGCAUUAUCUUGUCCAUCCUACGUGUCUACCUCAAUAUCCCCAUCCCCGUAAGUAUCGUACGCUACACGUACGCUGCCAUCGGAAUCAAGGUUAUCGUCCGAGGCACCCCUCCUCCGCCUCCCAAAUCCCGAAGCGGAGUUUUGUUUGUGUGCAACCACCGCACGAUUCUCGACCCGAUCCUCAUUUCAGUUGCGCUCGGCCGAAAAAUCAGCUGCGUGACUUAUAGCAUAAGCAGGUUCUCGGAGCUGAUAUCCCCGAUCAAGACGCUUGCCUUGUCCCGGGAGAGGGAGAAAGACGCGGCCGAAAUCCGGCGCCUGUUGACGGAGGGCGAUUUGGUCAUUUGCCCUGAGGGGACCACGUGCCGAGAGCCGUUUCUGCUGAGGUUCAGCGCGCUUUUCGCGGAGCUGAGCGACAGGAUUGUGCCGGUGGCGAUCGAGGUGAGGCAGGGGAUGUUUUACGGGACGACGACCCGCGGGCACAAGUUCCUCGACCCGUAUUUCGUGUUCAUGAACCCGAGGCCCACGUACGAGAUCACGUUUCUGGACCAGGUGCCGACUGAGAUGUCGGUCAAAGGGGGGAAAUCGCCCAUCGAGGUCGCGAAUUAUAUACAGAGGGCAAUGGCCGAGACUCUAGGGUUCGAGUGCACGAAUCUGACGAGGAAGAAUAAGUACGCGAUGAUGGCGGGGACUGACGGGGGGGUCGAAUCGAGGAAGGAGAAUGGGUGUGAGGAGAAAAAGGGAAUUUGA